AUGGGAACAAGAACAAAAUGGGAAUAUCGUUACUUAAAAACAAACAGAGGCGUGUACAUAGGAGGUAUAGAAAAUAAAAAAAAAAACGGAUGGGGAAUCACAAUUAACAACAAUGGAAACAAAUACGAGGGGCUGUUCCAGAACGACCUGAAACAUUUGAUUGGGUCGGAGCUUCUCUGCUGCUUGCACAGCCAUAGUUACAAACAGGGAAAAAAAAAUGCUGACGAAAAUAGCGAAGACGAAUUCGCAAAGGGAAAUAUCUGCCUUCAUGACAAUAGAUAUAUAUACAUAGGGGGGUACAAAGAAGGGAAAAGACAUGGAAAUGGAAUUUUAAUUGACUACAACACGUACGCUAUGUACAGCUGCAUAUUUCUGAGGAACGAAAUGAUUUAUAAAGAUAUUUUAUUUUCCUCGGUUAAUAAUUUUCCGCCCAAAUGUGACAAGUACAGAUUGGCUGCGCCUUCUCAGGAGAAAGGAAGGGACAAGGGGGGGACGCACAAAGAGCGUCCGCGCAGAAGAGAUAAGGUCACAAUAGAGGGAGCAACCAAGGGGUGCGAAUGUGACGAUAAUGCAACAGAUGGGGGGUCCCUUGACGGAGGCGCCGCUGAAGAAGAAAGUCCCUCCAGUAGCAAUUCCGAACAGACUGGGAAGAGCAAAAGAGAGCGAGACAUGCAUUCGUUCAUAGAGAACCAGUACAAGUACAACAUUUUCAGCUACGUCCACUUUUACCAACAGUUGAUGAAAAAAAUAAAGAGGGAAAAUGCUAGCGAGCUCUUUACCCAUUCUGUACAUAAAAAGGAAGUACACAUUGGGGAGAGCAAAGGGGAGAAGCUCCUAAAAAGUACGUUAAAAAACGUGCAGGAGAAAAAAGACAGGAAUAAUUUUUGCCCUAAUCGUAGAAAGAGUAAACUCCCAUGUGGCACGUCUGCACAGAAUGGCCCAAGUGACGAAUCACCCAGUUUAAAGCGAGAAAAGGAACAAACUAAUAACUUUCUCAUUAAAACAAUUCACAACAAGUUUGAACAUUUGGAAAUGGAAAAGAUGCUGAUGGAACCUCUUGGCAAAAAUAAAUGGGUAAAUGAUAUCUCCAAUGAAGAGGCUGUGGAUGGCAUCUUUUACCCCGCAAAUGAGGAGACCAUGCGUUAUACAGAGAAAGGCAAGUUGGAGACAUGUGAGGGAAGUGUAACUCGUGAUGCUAGUGGAUGCAGCAAUAACUUGGCGCAUGUUAGGGGUAGAGGAGUUAUUCACGAAACGGAUUUGCUUGAGAAGAGGGAGGAACUUCCCAACAAUGAGGAUCGUGUCAUGUGUAGCUGCGCAAUUUUGAUUAGCACAGUGGGUGAUAAGUUACGGGACCAAGCCACUGCCGAGGAUGGCAUUUGCGUGAUGGGAGAGCAGGAAGAAGGAAAUGAGACAUACGUAGUGGGGAAGGAGGAGGACAGCCGCGGGAAGGAAAGCGCCAGUGGCAUUGGGGAUGAGGGCAAACUCGAUAACAGCGAGUUCAGCCAGCAAAGUAUGGAAACUCCCACCGUGGUGAGCAACAUGGAAAGCGAGGACUCCAUGGGAGUGGAUGGCUGUGCGGACGAUGGGCGGAGCGACAGGAAUUUCUCUCGCGCACCCCGUGUUGCCGUCACCCAGUUAAAAAGUGAGACGAUGGGGCAAACCCUCGGGGGGGAGAGUAGAGCGAGCGGCGGUAGUAAUAGAAUCAGUGGUAUGAGUGGUGGCACAUUCCGCAGGAGGGGAAAGACCAAUGCAGUGGGCGUCAAUAAUCACGACCGUAAGGACACUAUCAGAAGUGUAAGCUGCGUGAGCGAUGGCUCCGUUAGCAGGCGUUCUCUGGGAGGGAGUCGAGAGAUAGAGACAAUUGCACAUGACACGAAGAACGUUAAGCACAAAAAGGGUAACGGUAAUAGUAACCCAUUUUUGAAGCAAACGAGUGAUGAUGAGCUUAGCAAAGAAAUAGAAAGUAUGCUUCCAGGAUGGUUAAGGAAGAAGAAGAAGAAAAAAUGCCUGUCAUGUGCACAGAACUGCGUAUACUGGGAUGUAUUUGAAUUAAAUUUUUUUUUUUUUUUUAUCGGAGUUCCAAAAAAGGCGAUAGAAAUUUUUGUACGAAAUGAGAUAGACGGGUACUGCCUAAAAUAUAUGGAAGACAAAUUAUUAAAACGUAUGGGCAUACACGAUAGUGUAGUGAAGAAGUACGUCAUACUAUGUGUGCAGUUUCUUUUACGGCUGAGGGAAAAGUAUAAGUACAGAAAAAGGAGCAACCGAAUAAAUGGCAACGUCCAAGAGGACGCAUUCCUUCUAAAGAAAAACAAAUUACACUACUUAAAUUUAAUAGGCAGGGGAGGUUAUAGCAAUGUGUACAGGUGCAUAUAUGGAGAUAAAUUAUUGACAUUCAAUGAUGAUUAUUUUUGCACGCGAUAUUCAACAAACAAUAUAGCGUUAAAAAUAAUCAUUAAUAAAAAGUAUAGGUACGAGUUUUGUUCCGAAAUGGAUAUUUUGUCGACCUUAAGGCACCCGAACGUUUCCCUAUUUUUGGGUGCACUAAAAUCCCCCCAAGGAAUAGCACUAGAAUAUAUAAACUGUGGAAGCAUAUUUGACCUAAUACAUAAGCAUAAGAUAAAAAUAAAAUUAAGAGACAUUAUGAAAAUGGGUAAAGAUAUUGCUUCCUUUAUGUGCUUUCUCCACCAUAAGGGUAUUCUACAUUGCGAUUUAAAAUCAUCAAACAUUUUAUUGUCUAUGUCGGGGCAAAUCAAAAUUUGUGACUUUGGAUUAUCUGUACAGAACUUUUCUCAAAAGCCGAGGUUUCUUGGAAUUGUUGGUACCUACCAGUGGACAGCUCCAGAAAUUUUAAGAGCAGAAGGAUACACUCCACAGGCAGACGUAUAUUCCUUUGGAGUUAUUCUGUGGGAAAUGCUACAUAGGGAGAUACCCUUUCGGGAACUGAAACACCCCUUAGACAUUAUUGCAUGUGUUGGCUAUGCCGGAAAGGAGCUGCUCAUCAGCAGAGCCAUCCCACCCCCCGUGAGGUACAUGCUGAAGAAGUGCCUGCAUAGAAAUAGGCGUAAGCGUAAGUCCUUUUUUUUUUGGUCCGAGUACUUGGACAUGUACCUCGAGACGUGGGCCGUGGACAGCGGCGGGCACGGGUCGUAUUGGCCGCUCCUGUCGCGCUAG